CUCUUGAGCUGCAUUGUCUCGGGGGCCUUCAGGCAGAUCCCCAGCCUCCACCGAUCGCGAGGAAAGAUGCGAGUUCUUGGAAGAAAACGGAAUUCCUUUUCUCCUCCAAAGAUCGUGUGGGGCGCGGAAGAUCGAGAGGAACAGCGGUAGGAAAAAGGAACUAUUGCAGACUUUGAAGUGGCUACUUUCUUUUCUCCUCCACCGUUGCUUCUCCACCUCUUUCUUUGCUGUAUCGUCAGCAAGUUGUCUUGCUGUAGACUCUCGAGCCAGGCUUCUUGCCCAGUACACAGCUGUACCUCUCCACUUCCUUCUUUCGCUUCCCUUUCCCCAGGUCCUUCUUUUACCUCUCGCCACCCCCUCCAUCUCCCCCACGUCCUUUGCUGUCUCUCCCUUCUCUCUUCUUUGCCUGUGUCUUCCCCUCUCCUCCUCAUCUAUCUUUUUCUCUGCCUCCUUCUCUGUCUCUGAGAAGCGCUCUCUCCGACGUUUACCUCCGUUGUUUCUGUAUUCCCCGCCUCCUUCUCUUCGUCUUCGUGGGUGUAGGACGGUCUUCCUCUCGUUCUUCUUUGUCACGUUCACUUUAUUUUUCUGUCCGCCCCUCUUCCCUUCUGGUCCUGCCCCGCGUCUUCUCUCUUCGGUGUGAGGGGCGAUGGCGGACGGCGUCCAGCGUCGCCUGGAGGAGAGUUUGAACGAGCUCGAGUCUCUGGUGUCUCGAGGCCUCCUGGAGGAGGAGGAGGCGAGGGAAAUUCUCCGGCGCAGAAGAGACUUUGAGUUUUCCUGCAGCAGCCGAGGCGACACCGCAGACGUGGUGCAGCAGUUUCUGCUGUACAUACAGUAUGAAGCGAACUUGCUGUCGCUGCUGCGACACCGGUGCAGCUCCUCUCUCCACGCCAUUCUGAAGGAUUUGGAGGAAGUGCGUCGGACAGUUUCGCACUUGUCUUUGCGCGAGGAGAGCGAGCGUCUGCAAGCUCCGCGCAAGAAGAAGCGCAGCGACCUGUCCGCCGCGUCCUCUGCCUCCUCUCUCUCCGCAGUGCUUCAGCGACGGAGGCGCGAGCAGUCGACGAAGGAGAAGCGCGCAGAGAACCUAAAAACCACUUUGCAUGCAGUUCUCCGCGCAGGGACGAAUCGCCUCUAUGCUCUCAUCAACCGUGUGCUGCACCGGCACUCGUCUUCUCUCCCGCUCUGGCUGUCGUGCGCGGACCUGCUUCUCCAGCUCGGGGCCGGCCGUCUGCUGCAGACCUUUCUGCUGCAGGCGAUUCGGAGGUUUCCGCGUCUUGCUGCCCUCUGGAUCCUCUCGGCGGACCGCCUUCUGCAGCAGGGCAACCUGCAGGGCGCGCGGCUCCUCCUCCUCCAGGGGCUCCGAGUCGAGCGCGAGAGCCUCCCCCUCUGGUCCGACCUUCUCCGCCUGGAAGGCAUCGCCCUUGUCAAGGCGGCCCAGGGCGUCCGCCGCGCGAGAGAGCGAGCGCGGGAGCGCGAAAAGGACAAACGCAGAACGGACGAGGAGCGAGACUUGGAGGGCGCGAAGAACGGCCUCAACACGGAGCAGGGCUGCGCCUUCGCGGGCGAGGCUGCGAGGCAAAAGGGGGAGGAGCAGGAGAAGGUGGAGAAGCUGCACGCGCGCGGCCGGGCGCUGAUGGUCGUGCUGCAAGGCGCGGUGAAGCGUCUGGGCGAGGAAGCACCGAGAAAGACGAAGGGGAAAGACGGGAAGGGCGAGGGGCGAGGAGGGAGACUCGCAGACAACGAGGUGCUGAGAAGAGCCAAACUCCAUGCAUUCCUUUUCCGCGCGCUGGGCCUCUGUCUCCAUUUGCAGGCUUCACAGGAGGCCGGCUUGCUCGCGGAAGCGAUCGCGGAGUUCCAGGGCAAGCUGGCAGACUUCCUCCACGCGGCUGCCGACGAGCAGCCCCUGCUGCGGCUGUACGAGUGGAAAGUGCACCUGCUUCGGGCUGCCUCGGAACGGCGGAUUCCGACGGAGAAUAAGGAUAGCUCUGCAGAGAAAAUGGACGCAGUCUCCAGGCGGCGCAUGCAAGACCUGCAGAGAGAGAUCGUCGCCGAGUGCUGCGUAGAUCCGCGCCUUCUCCUGCUCUUCGCCUUCUUCCUGGGUGGUCUGUGCCUCUCCAGCGCGGCGGCCGGCGCGCGGAGACAGCGCGGAGAGAACGCGACGGAGGCCCUAGGGCCUCAGGCUCUCGCGGGCGCCGAGCGCGAGUGUCUCGGAGACGCUGUUGAAAUCUGUUUCGACGUGGACGGCGAAGAGGAAGCGCAGGGUGUCGAGGACCUCUUGGCGGACAGUGUCGACGCCGAGAAAUUCGUUGAGACAGGUGAGGGAAAUGUAGGCGACGCCGAGCCAGCUAGCUCCGCGCUGGCGCUCGCGUCCAGGGCGCCGCUCCAACUGCAGAAGGGCGAGGACCUGGAGAAGCGUUUCUUCGCGGAAAACGGGAACGUGGAACUCGAGGAUGGCGCUUGGGGAGGGUCGCUGGCGGUUGCGCUGGAACCGGAACAACGAACGGCGUUUCUGGCUCGCGUGUACAACCGAGAAGCGAGAGACAUGCUGGAAGUGCUGGCGGCGGACGGGCUGCCCGAAAUCCGCCUCCUCCUCAAGGAGGAGCCGUGCCUCCCGGGCGCUCUCCUACUGCACUGUGCGGAAGACAAGGGGCUGAACGGGGAAGAACAGACAGAGCAGCCGAUCAAGAAAAUGACAGCUUUGCUGACUGCCGCCGAACUCGCACAAUCACAGAAAGCCGUUCUCUGGACGGCGCUCUGGCGUGAAGCCGACCCCAGCCACCGGCUCUGGCUCCUCAGAUGUAUGUACACCGCAGUGCAGCAGCUGGUAGAAGGACAGCCGAAGGCCGGAAAGGGAAAGUCUUCGUGGCUCCCAUCUGCCGCGGUGUCGGCGACCGGGGAAGUCUUGCAGCUGCUCUUGGCGGAUGAGCAGUGGGCGGACGCAUCGGCGACUCGCGAGAAAAUCGAGGGUCUCCGGACGGACCUGAAAAACCUCGCCCUCCAGGCGUUCAGGAAGUGGCCCUCUGUCUCUCUGCUCCUCCUGGCCCACCACAGACUUUCUUCGUUUUCUUCCGGUGAAGCAGAGACGGCCUCACGGUUCUCUUCCGGUUUGCAGCUCUCCGCCUCGGACUUCUUGGGUCUCGUACCCCAGCCCCUCCAGUCUGAGGAGGCGUGCAGUCGUUUUGUCUCCGCAGCGCGGAGUCUGCUCCGGGGGCUAGCUGCGGGAGAGACACGACUUCGGGGCCUAGAAAGUCAGCGGCUUCUGUGCGCCUUGCUGGCGGAGGCGGGUGAAGGCAGCAGAGGAUCUCAGGGACAGGGGAGAAGUCGGGGCCUGCCUGACCGACUGCCAGACUGGAUAGGCGAGCUUCUCUUGGCGACGCGUCCGGAGGCCACCGCGUCUCUGGUGCACGCGUUUUUGUGCUUUCUCGAGAGCUCCUUCGCUGCUGGAGACUGGGAACGUCCGCGAGAUCUCUUGGAGGACACGGAAGCGCGCCACGCUUCGCGAAAAAGAAAAUGUCCAGAAAGUGAGGAUAAGCAGGUCAGAAAAGAGCUGUUCGAGCACGCACGGCAACCGCCGCUCUUUUCAUGGAAGCACGCUGUCAAAGCUCUGACGGAGGACAAGUUCUGUCCUGGCCUUAGUGUCCCUUCGAGGCUUCUGCUCGUCCUGGCUUGCUGCGAGUUUUCUCUCGACCGUCUCUGGGCCUCUGUGGCAGAGGAAGGCGGACACCGAGGCUCGUCUCUACCGGGCCUGCAGUCCACUGGCGAGGUGGUGAACAGCUGUCAUAGAAAACACAAAGCAUGUGUAGCCCUGCAUGUCAACUGCCCUGCUUCUGUGGCUCUGGAGGCCCAAGCGGUCUUCGAGUGCGCCCUUUGGAGCUUCGAUCGCUGCGGCGUGUCUGGCGGCUCUGGCGACGAGGCUGGAAAUGCCUUUUUCGAAUCAAAGCGGAAGUUGGUGCCUCAUGCGAGUCGUGCCGACCGCCUGGAGGCGCAAGCGAAGCCACUGGUGCGACAAAUUCUGCAAGUGGUGCCGCAGCUCUUCGACCUUCAUCGGCACUGGUGGGUUUCGUUCUGGAGAUUUUCUAGGUUCCGAGAGGCCUGCAAUGUGCUGCCCGCUUCCUCCGUGGACCAGAGGAAGCGGCGGAACGUAGCUGCGCCUCUGGGUGGUGCGCGUGACGGUCACGCAGAGAUUUCGCGGGCCGCCCUGACUUCGCCACUCCUCAGUUUGCACAGAGAAGGCCCGGCUACAGCUUCCGGAGCGAAAAGGUCUGCAGUUGCCUCCACCUCCGUCGGAGCAGGCGGUCUGGAAAGCCGCGAAGUCGAGCGCCGCGCCUGCGUCGCUCUAGGUGUGCGGGACUCCUCCUGGCUAGCUGAAGAAGCUUGCGUGCCGGGACCCGAGGGCCGGGGCUGCCGCGUGUGUGGCUCGGGGCGUCUGUGGUGUAUGUACAGCUCCAGUGAGGGAGAGAGUGGAGGCAAAAGGGACUAGCGUGGUGGAAUGUCUGUGAAAAAACAUCAGUGUCACAGGAUAUCGAAUCCCGACUCGUUUAGCUCUCUUAAGCAGUCCGGGAGGGUGUUGAUGUACAGCAGUCGGAACGAACUUGGUUGAAUGGUGCGUGGUCGAGACCUCUGAAACGCGUCGACGUUUUUGGCGUGCUUUCUCUCUUUUGGCAUUUCAAGACGUUUCCUUUUGCUUUUCGCUCGCGUGGAUUUUGCUGUUUCGCGACAACCGGGACCGCCGUGUGCCACUGCAGUGCAGAAAGGCACUUCCGGGAAAAAGGCCCCCCCAUGAGAGAAAGCUGACGUCGCUCGUGGAAGCAAAGGUCACUGGAGCUCCUCGCACACUUGUUUGAAUGCGCUACAGUGACAGACACUUGAUGAUAUCAAAACCGGUUGACUGGAGGCGACGGAGCCACUGUUAAGAAGAGGCCAGACCCUAAAGCGUAAUCUGUAGCAUGUGGGAACUCCGGAGUCUCAUGUCGACGGCAAUUCUUCAUUCCAGCUUAACUCGCAAACGGCCAGUGGUGUCUGAAACAGCCGGAAGGACUCGUCACCAGGGUGUGCAGAGGAAUUCACUCUUUUUCAGAUGUAGCGGAUGACAUGCACGGCUGUUUAUUUGAUUCAGACCGAUGUGGUCACGAAAAAUUGAAGACGACGCAUCCUCGUCAAAGUGACCGGGCCGGCUGUACGCGAACGACACGGGCGCUAACGCAGUCAGAUUCUGUCUAUUCAUACCCGUUUCUCUUCGAGCUCUGGACACAUUUGUUUGCGGAGAACGGAAGACCGCCGGACUAAUCAGAGUCCCCACAGAAAACUCCAACUACUGGAGGGCCUGGAGGCAUCCGUUUUCUUUUAUCCUAUAUUUCGAGGCGCACAGGAUACGAAAUGUCACUUCUCUCGGGGGCACGAUAAGUUUUUGUGUUAUUUUAUGUGCGUGGAUGUGCACUUUUGCGUUUAUGUAUACUGCAAAUGAUGUACAGUGUACCUGUACAUUCGGCAUAUGUGCCACGGCUUUGCCUUUUCCUUCAAGAGGAGACACCAUGCCAACCGUCCUGGCACUCUCUGCUAAUGAUCC